AUGGCAAACAAAUCAAAGCAUAUUAACAAAAACCGGCAGGGCAGCACAACAAAUGCAAUUCCGAGUCCAACUACUCGCCCCCGACGCUCCUCAUCUGAUCCGGACCUCACCAUCAAGACAUCCAAAGCCGAGACCCUCGUCGUCAUCCCCCGGUUGAGUCGAUCCUCGGCCUCCACUCAUCGUCGUGAAAAAUCCUCCUACUGGAUUAGUUGGAGCAACAUCAGUAAACUAGGCGACUUCAUCGAUCGAAGAAGAAAAGAGUCUGAUUUAACAGAGGAGAGUCUCGGUGCACAUAAUGAGUUUCAUGGAAUACUUCCUCAUAAGGUUCAUGUCACCAAUUUCAUUGCUGGCAUGAAUGAUGAAAGGAACAAUAAGUGCAGUCCUUAUUACAAAGGACUCACUGAUUCCACCCUUUCUAUAAACCGCGAAAAGAAGUCUGGACCCGACAACAGUCCGGAUCGAGAGAGUCAAGCAACUACUGCGGCCAAUUCAUCUAGCUCGUUUUCGAGUAUGUUGGGUAAAGUUCAAGAAUUUGGUUCUAGUUGUUUUACUUGUAGGACAACUGGUGAUCAUUACAAGGACCCCUCUACUCCAGCUGAUGUUCUGAAACCUGUUAAAGCAACUAGUUUUUCGUCGUCAACGUGUAAUAAAACAACUACAAGGCUGGAGAAAAAGGAGGUCGACGAUCCUCUUGAUGUUCAGUUAGUAGUUGAGGAGAAGCCAUUGAGGGAGAGAGUAUGGGAACCGGCGACUACACCGAAAGAUGCCGAUGUUUACAAGGUGCACCAAAAGUACAUAUUGGCAGACAAGUACCAACCCAAAACUUUAAAAGAUUUCAUCUGCAAUAGAAGUGAGGUCACUCGGUUGCAGGUUCUGGUGAAAAGUGGAGAAUGUAAUCACAUUAUAUUUGAAGGACCUCCUGGUGUUGGCAAGAGAACCAUGAUUUUGGCUAUGCUUCGAGAAGUUUUUGGACCCGACCAAGUUCAGACAAGGGACGAGCUCAAGGCUUUUCACUUGAAGGGGGAAUCAGUAGGAAGAAUCGAAGUAAAUGUAAAGGAAUCUGACAAACACAUAGAAGUCAAUCUGUCGGAUCUAAGAGGAUACGAGAAGCAUGUGAUUGUGGAACUAAUGAAGGAAACACAAGCAAAGAACUCCAAAUCUAAUAAAGCUUUGUCCAACGACCCUGAAAACUGUAGAACCAUUAUUUUAUGUGAAGCAGACAAAUUAAGCCCAGAUGCUUUAUUGUACAUCCGAUGGCUGUUGGAAAGGUAUAAAGCUGGCAACAAGGUUUUCUUCUGCUGCUCCAACGUGUCUAAGCUUCAGCCGAUUAGGUCACUUUGCACAGUCAUUAAGCUAUUACCGCCCUCGAAAGAAGAGAUUGUUCGAGUCCUGGAAUUUAUAGCUAAACAAGAAGGCCUGUCUUUGUCCCAUAAGUUUGCUGAAAGGAUUGCUGAAAGUUCAAAGAAUAAUCUGCGUCAAGCCAUUCGUUCAUUCGAAGCCUGUAGGGAAUCAAGUUAUCCUUUCAAGGAAGACCAAAAAAUUCUGUCCGGAUGGGAAGAAGACAUUGCAAAUAUUGCCAAAAACAUGGUAGAGGAGCGAAGCACAAAACAGUUAUAUAUAAUCCGCAGAAAGCUUCAAAAUCUGGUAGAGCAUGAUGUGUCUCCCGACUUCAUAUUCAUGUCAUUGGUGGAAGAAGUGAAGAAGCAGUUGCAGGAUAGCCUGCACCAUCAAGUAGAUUGUUUAUUUGAAGAAUACAAUAGGGAUGAUGAAAAUAUGAUUGAGAGCGAAGAUGAUAUGGAAACAAAGGACAGCAGGGUUUUCUCAAGAAUCGAAGAGUUUAUAGCCAGAUUCAUGAGCUGGUUCAAUAAACAAUCAAAGAUGGCGACUGCAGCCUUGGCCCACGUUCAAGGGACUUGA